AUGGCAGCCCCUACGACACUACCGGCGCUUUUGACGUCGCUGACACAGUCGCUUUCUUCAGCACUCGAAGUGACGCCUAAACUCGCAUCCAUUGAACACCAGAAGGAUGGUAUUUCUCUUCUAGAUGUGAAGAACGAGCUUCUUCUUUCGUACCUACAAAACCUGGUCUUCUUGAUUCUCCUUAAGUUGCGCAACUCGAAAACAAACUCAGAAAAUACCGAAGACGGCGACUCCGAACUCGACGAAUCUGUUAGAGCAAAACUGGUAGAACUCCGACUCUAUCUCGAGAGAGGAGCAAGACCCUUGGAAGAGAAACUUCGCUUCUCCAUUGACCGAUUCCUCAGAACGGCAGACGAUGCAGAGCGCGAGAGACAGGCUAAGGAGGCCAGGGCUGCUGCCGGAUCGGAUUCUGAGGAAGAAGAGGAAGAUUCAGACGAGGAGGUGGACGCUGAGAAGAUGUCGCAUAAGCCUGGCGCCAUGGCUGACGAUGUCACUGUCCGUCGCGCAGAGCGUGAGGCAGGAACCGAUGGUGUCUAUCGACCUCCCAAGAGAGAGCGCCAAACAAUGGAAGCUCCCCAACGACCACAGAAGUUCGACCGUCGUCCAGGCAAGUCGCAUACUAUGGAUGAGUUUGUGGCUUCAGAGCUCUCCGCUGCACCAUUGGCAGAGCCCAGCAUUGGUACCACAAUUGUCCAGGGUGGCCGCAAGAUGAAGACCGAUGCCCAAAGAAAGGAGGAGGCAGAGCGCCGGGAGUACGAAGAAAUGAACUUCACACGUCUUCCCAAGGAGAGCAAGAAGGAUCGCGCUCAGAAGGCGAAGCAAGCUGGCCGCAGUGGUCGUAUGCAAUUCGGAGGAGAGGAUUGGCACAACCUGGGAGAGGGUGUCGACCGCAUCGAUCGUCUUACCAAGGCCAAGAAGUCUGGUGGAAAUGUUCGUGCCCUGCUGGACAAGAGCCGAAAGCGUGGAAUCGACACAACAGAUGGACCCCGUGGAAGUGGUAUGGGAGCUGGUAUUGGAGAGAGAUUCAACAAGAGAGCCAAGAUGUUGGAGGGCGGACGACGAGACCGUGGCAAGAACCGAUGA